AUGGUAACCGUCAAGAUGAAGUCUGAUCAAAAGAAAAGCAUUCUUCUUGAGAUAAUAAGAGGAAGCAAGUCAUUCUUCAAGCUGCAGGAGCUGGAAAGCUUGGGCUCGAAGAAGGGAAUAGUUGUGAAUACCAUCAAGGAGAUCCUGCAGCAGCUUGUUGAUGACGGACUUGUUACUGCAGAGAAGGUCGGAACUUCGAACUUAUACUGGUCGUUUGCAUCUGAAGGAAUCCAAAAAAAGAAGUUGAGGUGCAAGGAGCUUAUGGAGGAGUGCGAAAGGAUGUCUCAAGACAUUUGCAGGAAAAGAGAGUAUAUUGAGAACGAGAAGAUGUCCAAGCACUACACCGAAGAGAGGAAUGAGCUGGAAAACAAGUUAAAUGCCCUAAUGAAAAUAGAGCAGGACCAAAGGGAGGAAUUGGGCAAGUUCGAGGAGACAGACCCCAUUGCCUAUGACAAGCUUGUUGCCGACAGAAAAGAGAUGGCCGACGAGUGUAAUAGAAUUAUUGACAAUGUCUUUAUUAUACAGGACUACAUCUGCAGCAAAUUUCCGAUGGAGAAGUCUGAAUUCAACAGCAGUUUUGGGAUUCCCCCGGACCUCGACUAUAUUCAAUGA